CAGAAUUGGCGACGAGAAAAUAAAUAACUCUGCCGCAUGCUGACUGUUCAAAACCAACUGAGCUUCUCUGCUUUGCAUUGAGUGAAUUUCCAUGUUUUCUAUGUGUUUCGUGGCAUACUGAAGAGCGCACCCUGGGCCUGCCAGAAGAGAGACGGAUAAAACACAGAAGCACCAUGACUGAAAUUGUUCAGAUGCCCGAUUUUCAUCUCAUUGAUCAUAAAGGCUAUAAGAUUAUAACCAAUAUUCAUUCACCAGAGGAGCUGGAAAAACUAGAGGAGGGUGAAGUUUAUGAUGAUGAUCUCUUUAUUGUCACAUACCCAAAAUCAGGGACAAUUUGGAUGCAGCAGAUUAUGACACUUAUUGAUGCUAAAGGAAACGCCACUCAGAGCAAGUUGACAAGUGAUCACUUUCCUUGGGUUGAGCUGCCAGAAUUUGCCAAGAACUUUGCUUCCCGGCCAUCCCCCCGACUAUACUGCUCCCAUUUACCUUGGUAUUUGCUGCCUAAAGGUCUAAGACAAAAGAAGGGAAAGAUCAUUUAUGUGUCAAGAAACCCUAAAGAUGUUUUGGUAUCCUAUUACCAUUUCCACAUCUUUGCCAAUAUGUUAGAGACGCCCAAGGAUUUUGAGGACUUUUUAGAUAAAUUUAUUGAAGGCAGAGUUAAUGGAGGCUCCUGGUUUGAUCAUAUCAGAGGAUGGUAUAGCCAUAAAGAUGAAUUCAACAUUUUGUUCCUAACAUAUGAAGAACUGAUUAAGGAUCUCAAAACAGCUAUUGUCAAAAUAACCAGAUUUUGGGGGAAAGAUUUGGAUGAUCAACAGGUGAACAAUGUGGUUUAUCACAGCACCUUCAGGAACAUGAAAACAAACCCAAAGGCCAACUAUGAGUCGAUCCCAAGCAGUAUGCUUGACCAAGAGAAGGGAUCAUUUAUGAGAAAAGGAGUAAUUGGAGACUGGAAGAACGUACUCACGGUAGCACAAAAUGAAAGAUUUGAUCAACUGUUUAAGGAAAAAAUGAGCGAUUGCCCCUUAAAGUUUGUGUGGAACAUGUAAAAGGAAGCCUUUUGGAAAUAUUGCGCUGCAGGAUGCACAAGCUCAGCAGCUAAAGUGACAUUUUCCAUAAUGUGUGGUAGAUAGAUUUACUCAAAAAUUGUUCCAUUAAAUUAACUUGUUUAUUCCUAAGAGAAGCAUUUUGUUUUCUUUGAGAGAUUAAAGUUGUCAUCAUCUUGGAAUUUGUUAUCUGACUCAGAUAAUGGAAACCAACAUUUGUAUGCAUUCAGAGCAAAUAAAAUUUUUAUUUAAACAUAGACUGAAGAGACAAUAAUGAAGAAAAUAACAUUUAUAUUACAUUUUAUAUAAUGAGUAGAACAGACUUGCAUUAUUAGGAAUUAGUAUGGCUGUCUCAUAAUUUAUGAGAUCUGUGUUCAGUGUUCUUUCUUGUUACAGUCUGUGCAGUUCUCUCCAAAUGUUCAAGUAACAUUUUUACAUUAAUUGGUGACUUUAUUUGACUAGUCUAAAUUGCAUUUGAAAAUAGAUAAGUUUGUGCAUACCGUAUGUUCUGUGAUGAAAUGACAUCCUGUCCAGAAUACGUGUAGAAUUUUUUGCUUGUAGCCAGUGGCACUGAGAUAAGCAUUGCCAUUCAGAAACUCUGUAAAGUGUGCUGAGAAAAUGGAUGAAUAGGAUUUUACAUGAGCAUUCUGAUGAACUGACAUCCUGUUUGCUGAUCUUCUUCUGCGGUUUUGUUUAAUUUUCUUGUGGCCAGGACUACUGGAAUAGGUUCUGCCCCUAUGCUACUUUGUAAAACAUAAUAUGAGUUCAUAAAAUGGAUCAUGUAAAUGGAUAUCGAUAACAUGAAUAUCAUACAACUGACACUAAAGAAAUAUCACACAAUAUGAAAGCUGGUCUUAUAUGGUCAGAAUUUCAUACUUGAAAAUUUUAACUGAACCCAAUUUUUAGGAUAUUAGAUAGUUGGAACCUAUCCUGGUGGUGUUGGGUCUUAUGAAAUUCUUUACUGCACUUAAUCAGAAAUGGGCAAAUAAAUUUCAAACACCACAAAGAUGUGCUUUAGGUCAAAUGAGCUCUGUAAAUUGUAUUUUCUAUGUCUUUUGGUGGACUGACAUUCCAUUGAAAGUUCAUCCAUUCCUUGACGCAGAAAUGGAGACAAUGUGUCUGCAAAAUGAAUGGAUGGAUACUUACAUGAUAUGUAAAAGGGUACCCCAUGCCUAGUAGUUCAAGUAAAAUUCCUAAAAUUAAUUUAAACGGCAAUACAAAUCUUGAUAGCUUGCACACACAACUGUUUGUUAGGGAGAAAAAAAAAAACCUUUACGCCAUAAUAAAUCAUUUUAAAAAAAGCUCAAUAUGGCCUACAGCAAAGUACACACUAAAAUUCAUUUCAUCAGCAUAUUUGCAAUUGCAAAACCCAAAACUCACUAAAAAGGAUUGGGGGAUUUUACUUUUUUUUUUUAUUUUGGGUGAAAACUAUUGCUUCCUAAAGUCUCAAGCACACUUACCAUUUAUCUGCAUUCCUUUUUGCAGCUGCAUAACACACAUAAUACCACACUCGUAAAAUCACUUCUGUUAAUGACUCUUGUUCACAUCAUGGUGGAGGAAUAAAUUCCGUUUUUUUAAAAUGUGACGUCAUACAUAUUUUCCACACAAAGACAUAUAAAAGUGCACCACUGUGUACAUUACUGUGUUUUGUCUACAACAAAAUCUCACUACAUGAGAAGCCACUGCCCACCCCACCUAGCAAUCGCCUUUGUUUCACUGCAAGUUCAGUUUUACAUGAAUCAUUUUGUUCAUCACUACACCAAAGUUACAUAGCCCCCCUUAAGCAUCUUUUAGUGCGUUCACAGGCUGUGACCUGCUGGGGGCACUCCAGCUGCCCAAACCCGACACAAGCAGAUAUCAGGCACAAGUUUUGCUUACAGCACAUUUUUUUAAUUUAGUGGGGAAGCGCUCCCUCUCGCUCCCCACAGCAGCACAAUACAAAGCGCACAACACAGUCCUUACUUUUCUUCUUCUUCUUCUUGUCACUCUCUCUUUCUCAUCCUCCAUUGCUCCUCUGGCAAGCUUUGUCUCCCUUCCUCCUGACUCUGGCUCCUGGAGUAGUGGCUGCUGGCUCCUUUUAAACUGCACCCGGGAGUAUUCCAGGUGGCUCGUUAGGGAGGUCUGGAAUACUCCCAGGUGUGGUGGAAGCCUGAAAAAGGCGGCUGCCACAGAAAACAACCGGGCUAGAGAAAACACCAAUUCCCAGUAUACCCUGCGAGAAAACGUGGUACCACAGCAACCCAUGGGGGCUGCCCUCUAGCUCAUUAUCUCUAGAGAGAUAAUGCCCUGAGUCUGUUCUCUUCCCCAGUUAUGCACUCACAUAAUUGGGUUAAAAUGAAUAACUUGGUUAAGACAGAAACCUGGCUUCUUAAUAAUCUUCUGGAGUUCAAUCAAGUAAUCAAUCUUGUGGCGUUCUCCUUUGGCAAAACGCUUCAAUGUCUUUGUGAGUCUACUGACUUUUUGACCAUUAUGAAUUUACUGUUUUUUUUAAUCUUUUACCUCUGUAUUUGGGAUUAAGUAUAACUUUAGUUGAUUAUUUUACAGUCGCUUUCUCUUCAUUUUAGGGAUUUUACUUUGACCUAGCAUAUUCUUAAUCAUUUCACUUUGCAUUUUGCAUUUUUUGUUUUGUAUCCAUAAACUUUGAAUAUUUGGAUUUUAAAAUUAGUGACUAUCCUGGUUAAAAAAAAAACUGUUCAGAACUGGACAUAGAUGAACAAACAAGAAUAUGGGGAGACUUUAGGGGUUUUACCAAAGAGAUGUCUCAAACAAUGCAAGGGUCUGGGCCAGCAGGUCAAAAGAGCCAGUAAUCAGAAGCAAAAUGCUGCACAAAAAUCUACAUUGAGAUAAGAAAGCCAUGAGAUUCAAAUCAAACUUAAAUUAGCAUUUCCUUAACAAAAUUUUGCAUAAAAGUUCAUUAUGUAGAUUUUUAUGUAAUUCAAAAGAUUGAACUCCAUGUCCUGCAUAUGACCAUAUUAAAUAUGAUGGCAAUAAUUUCGGUAUAUUUCAUGCAUGCCAAGUCCAACUUUGACUAGCAACUGCAACAUUACUAACAAUAACAUAGUGGCCCUUUAAAUUAGAAUGUUUCAAAAUGACAGCAAUCAUGGCAGAAACAUGUUUAUGAUGAUAUCACCUAAAAAUUGUGAAAAUCUUCAACAACAUUAAAACCUAAAACAUUUAUGUAUAUUUAAAUAAAAAAUAAACAUAUAGCAAUG